UCGCCUGGGAAACCACCGUCCAGUAUAAAACCCACAGCCAGAAGGCAUUCACUUUCUCAGGAAAAGCACUGCACACUUUUCAGUUUGUUGGAUCAACUGGUGACUGGUUGCGUAACGGUGAUGCGCAAAAUCCUGAAUAGAUCCAGUUUUACGACACAUAGAUACACAUAGAAGUAGUUCUGGGUUGUUGGGGUUUUUUUUUCCAAAAGGAAAGUUUUUGUUCGGGAUUGUUUGAAACAAACGGCAGAACUUAAACUGGUUUAGAACUCGGCUGGACAUGGCAGAGGGAGACUUCUACACGAUGGGAAACCGGCAGAGGUUUCCCAGGGAUCCGUUUGGAGAAUCGCCGUUCAGGGAUCAGUCUCCGUUCAGGGAUCAGCUCGCGUCUCGGUUCAUGGAUGAUGAAUUCGGAAUGCCACCUUUCCCCGAGGAUUUGUCUAUGGACUGGCCGGGUUGGGCUCGACCGGGUCGGUUAAGCUCGCGCCUCAGUUCUUCGCCCUUCAGCAGUAGUUUACGCACAGGUUUCCCGUCGCGUCAGUCCACGGGAGGCCCAACGCUGUACACCAGCAGGUACGGCGAGCCUUCCUCCCGGAGCUCCCCCACCACCACCGGGGGGGAACCGUGGAAAGUUUGCGUGAACGUCCACAGCUUCAAACCAGAGGAAUUAAACGUCAAAACGAGAGACGGAUUUGUAGAAGUGUCAGGAAAACAUGAAGAGAAGCAGGAAGAAGGAGGCAUAGUGACAAAGAAUUUCACAAAGAAGAUUCAGAUCCCGAUAGAUGUGGACGCUCAGACCGUUUUCGCUUCCUUGUCCCCCGAGGGCGUCCUCAUCAUCGAAGCCCGGCAGACGCCUCCGUAUUACCUCUUCAGCAACGAGGGCUCCCAGGGUGGAGACACACAGGAGGUCGAGGCCCUUAACCUCGAAGACGCCCCUUUGGUCUAAACCUCCACCUCCUCAAAAACAUAACAAAUCAUCCUGCACAAUUAAUUACAAGUUUGAUACAAAAUGUGUGGCCUUCAGCUUCAUGUUGUUAGACACCUGGCAUACAAAUGUCUAAAAGGCAAAUAGGUAAGUCCUGUUUAAUGUCCUUAUUAAAGCUGCGGAAAGAAAGGUUGUGUAUAACAAGCAGAAUGGGGAAAAGCAAACUCUCCCUACUGACACAGAUGCUAUAGAUUUGCCCCAUUGUCCAAAUAAAAUUUGGGUACCAUUUCUCUUUCAUGUUAGACGUAAACCCAAAAUCUAAAUGUCCAGAAGAAAGUCUAUUUUUAACUCCAUUGUGUCUUUUGUUCACAAAUGAUUACAGACCAGCAGGUUUGAAAAACAUACAAUUUCAUAUAUAUAUCUUCAGAACUGCGGUUAGUGUUUUUAAAUGACCAACUGGAUUUCUUUUUUAAAGAUUACAAAUGUUCAAACAGCUACAGCUGGGGGAGCCCUCGGUGUGUUUGUUUGUGCAGCUUUAAUAUUAUAUAUGGGUAAAUAUUGAGGUUAUGCAACAGUUGUUGGGCCACUGAUACAUUAUAUGACAUAGCAUUUUCAAUAAUCAGGAAGUUAAUAUGACACAGUAUGUGAAUCACAUU